AUGGGCCGUCGAGAACGAGACGAGGAUAAAUACUACGGAAGAAGCGAAAGAGAUCGAGAAAGAAGAAAACGAAGCAGAUCAAGGGAUCGAAGUCGAGACAGAGAUCGUCGAAAGCGAUCACGUGAUCGGUCGAGAUCUCGAGAUCGUCGACGAGAUCAAGGCAGAGGAAGGCAAAAUGGGCAAAACAAAGAAAAGAGCUUGAAAAAUCAAGCAAAUCAUCCGCCAGUCAGACCGCCAAACAAAUCCCUCUUUAUUCGCCCUCUCCAGCCAAAUAUCUCUCCAGAACAAAUCGCCCCGUUCUUCCAAGACUUUGGCGAAAUUCGCGACAUUCAUAUUCCAAUUGAUUUCAAAACGCAGAAAAUGCGAGGUUUUUGCUACGUCGAGUUCGAGGAACUUGGCGACGCUGAAGUGGCGAGAGAGCACUACAACAAUCCCGACAAUAAGCUUGAAAUUGGCGGGAAACAGCUAUCGGUUCAAUAUGCUUUUGGUGAUCGAAAAACGCCCGGUCAGAUGAAGGGUCAAAAAGAGGCUUCAGCGUUGUUGAACGAAAUCAAAGUUAUUCAAUUGAAAUUCAGGCGAGAACAGCGCGAUAAAAGACGACGAUCAAGGGAAAGAAGAGCCGCUGCUGGACUGCCUCCAACAACAAGUGACGAAGAUACCAGUGAUGAAGAAUACAUUCUCGAAGAACGAAAAGGCCGAAAACGAGGCCUCUUCGACCAAGACACCUUCGUGCGUCGAAGAAAGAGAUCCCGUAGCCGAGAUCGUUUUAAAACAUAA